AGAAGUCCCUUUAUGUGCAAGGUAAACGAGCCAGUAUGGCGGAGGGGGAAAGUGAUUUGGAAACAGACAGGCUAGAAUUGGAACUGGAGACUUUAUACAUAUACUCUAACGACAACUGUUCAGUACAAAGCAAAGAAUAUUGCUCCGAGUUUUGUAAGCUGGUAGAGGUGCACACAGGGAGAUGGCAGGUGCCGCUGCCCCAGCUGAAGGUGCUGCGGACGGCUCUGACCUGCUUCACCAGAGCCACUGUUGCCUACCCCGAUGACUGUCAGCACGUCAAUUAUGCUCUCAGCAGCUUGGCUUUGAGCUUCUUUGAGCUGAUGUUGUUCUUCGGGAAAGAGGAGUUCCUAGAGGCCCCCCUGAGGGACAUAUUAGCCUCUUUUCAGGCCUGUCAUCGCCGCCUGCUGAGACACAGGAACGUGUACCUGCUGCAGGUGAGGCAGAUCAUCAAAGAUGGCGGUCCCUGGGAGAGACCCGCUCUGCAAUCCAUCCUGAAAGACAUAGCCCUCACACAGACAGAAGUGGAGAAGUAUUUGAGCUCAGAGAAGCCAAUGUUCUUUGAGCUGCGUGUGCGGUACCUGCAGGCCUGUGAGCGCGUGCAGGAGGCCAUGGCCCUGGCUAAGUGCUGCCUGGAGCACCCAGAGGUGUGGAGGCACCUGUUCUUCCACCAGGCCUACCUCACAUGCCUGUACAAGGCUUCACUACAUCAACACCUGCACGAGGAGAUGGCUGAGAUAGAUGGCAGAGACGCAGUAGAGAUAAUCUGUAAUGCAGAGAGCCAGGAGAAAGAUGAGCUGCUGCUGUCUCUGUGCAAAGCCUUCCUCAGCCAACGGCUACACAACGGAGACAUGUACUACAUCUGGGAUCUGGUGUUCUUGUGGAGCAGACUGUACCUCAGGGCCCAUCCCUCUAAGCAGGGAUUCCUGUCUGAGUGUCGCCAGCUGAUGCUCUCCGCCAUCAACGCCAGCGCCAUCUUCCCCUUCAUCAAAGUCAUCACAGCAGAGAUGGGUAGUGAGGGAGUGCCAUUGUGUGUGGAGCUUUGUGCUACAGCGUUACAGACAGACCUCCAGUCUGACCCUGUAACACGCUGUCUACUGUGUAAGACCAUCGCCUUCCUGCUCCCCAGGGACCUGGAGGUAUGUCGCCUCUGUGCCCUGCUGGUGUUCUGUCUGGAACGUAGCAUGGAGGCCUACAAGACCAUGUAUCUGCUCUACACAUACCCCGAUGAGGAGCCACACCCCCAGCACACCCAUGUCAGAACCAACAUCCGCUUCUAUAUCCUACAGGUGCUGAAGGAAGGUCUGUUCUUUGACCCAGAGUUCUGGAAUCUGCUGACCCUGAGAACCCACUGUCUGGAGCUGAUGACUGACAAGGCCAUGAGGGAUGCUCUAAAUGAGCUGAAGGAGGAAGAGGAGUUGGAGCAGGUGGAGGAGGAGUGGAUACCAAGCUACUGGAUGGAGGAGGAGACAUGCAGAAUACACACCGAUGCCUCCCACCUCCACCCACACACUAACACAGCACUGGAGAGCUCUGACACUGUAGGUCAGGAACCCGAAGAGGUAUUGAAUGGGGAUGCUCCUGAGUCACAGACAGAGGACUUCCCUGUGAGGAGGAGGAGGAGGAGGAAGAGGAGGUGGAGGAGAAGAAAGUGUAGGUCAGAUAUUGAGUAUGCUGACGACCCAGACAUUAAGUACUCCCUCAUUCACAAUCUCAGUUCUGAAAGCUCCACCAAGCUACCGGCCAAUCGGCAGAGAGAAUACCUGGCCAGACAUGUGAAGAACAAGAUCCUGAAGAGACGCAGCAGGAAACCAAGAUGGCUGCUCCUGGAGAUGACCAGACAGACGGAGAACAUAUCCCCAGGGGGAAUGAGGGAGAAGCGACGGGAGGGAAUGAGAGGAGAGGAUAAGAGACAGAGAGGGGAGGGGAAAGAGAGGGGGCAUGAAAAGGAAAAUAAGAGAGAGAUGAGGCAGGGAAGGGAGAGUAAGAGAACUUACCGUCGGACUAUAUCUGGCAUGGAGCUGUCCUUCCCUGAAAAUGAAGUGCCUGUUGACCGGGAAGUGGUAGAGAGUCAUCUAGAACCCAGUGUUCGUAUUAAACAACAGCACAGUGAGUCUGAGAAAUAUGUUAACAUGGGACUGGCUAAUGGUGUAUAUGGUGAGAGACCGUUUAAGUAUAAACCAGAGUCAGACGUGGAGACUUCGGCGGUGGAGACUUCGGCGGUGGAGACUUUAAAAGUGGAACCUUUAGAAGUGGAGCCUUCAGAGGUAGACCCUUCAGAUGCAAAGCCUUUAGACUCCAAACGUUCAGUAGUAGAGCCUUCUGACAUAGAGCCUUUAGAAAUAGAGCCUUUAGAAGUAGAGCCUUCAGAUGUGAAGGUUUUAGAAGGUCCCAGUGAGCAGACUGACCCAGAGUUGGAUGGUCCAGCCUUGGAGAUGGAGGAGUGUCCACUGAAACUGUUCCACAUCUACGCCAAUCUUUCCAAAGGGACAGCUGCUAAGGAACUACUUUCUAGAGAAAGUGAAUUCACAGUGACAGAGGCGGGACCAGACUCAAACACUCAGGGUGAACAGACCAAGCCAGGCAAGGCUCCAGUACGCUCCAAACACCUGCGCUUCCACUGCAGCCACUGCCAGAAACUCUUCAAGGGAGGCAAUGUGGUGAGACACACCCUGGCCCACCUGAAGCUGAGAAAGACCAGGCUCAGCUGUGUCUUUUGCGGCAAACACUUCCAAAGGUACAACCGCGCCAGGGAACACGUUCUAGAGCACAUAGAGGAACUGAGAACUUCCACAGCCAACAUUAAGAUCAAACCCACUGUCAAUGGGGAGACAUAUCCCUCAAAGAAUAUUAAUCAAGCUUCAGAGAACGAAGCGAAAUCUGUUGAGAACGUGACUGAGCCCUCGACUUCGACGGACCAGCCUCAGAAACCCAAACGUGUUAAAGCCAAGCCGGUGGUGAGCAAGCAGAGUAGAAUCAUCCAGAACCUGAGAAACCUGAUCAGAAAGACCCAGAACCAGAAGUGUAAAAUGGACAUGGACAACCUGAAGUCUGUGGAAGUGACUGAUGAACAGGUGACUGUGAAAGACAAAGUGGUGAUCGUGAGAGAGGUGGUGCCUUGGAAGGAGACAGAGGGAGGAGAGGACAAGGAGAGCGAGGGAGGAGAGGAGGAGGGGAAGCAGAAGCAGUACCACCUGUGUCCUUCAGAGGGCUGUGACAGCAUCUUUAUGAAGAUCGGCCCAUCGCUGCUGAGACACGCUGUCACCUACCACAUGGAGGAUGCAGCUGUCCUGGACAAGACCUUCCAGUGGGGGAAGGGGAAGUGCCAGAUCUGCCAGAGGCUCUUGUUGGUGAUUGAGCACUACAGAGACCACAUGAAGCUCCACGAUGCUCCUCUAAAACAUGCGUGUCUCCACACGAACUGUGACCAACGCUUCAAGACUGCCCAGGAGCUCAAAGACCACAUAGACACCCACCGCCCUCUCCAGGCCCCCUGUGGGUACUCCGGCUGUAGGGAGAUCUUCUUUACCCUCCCCUCUCUCCACGACCACGAGUGGAGGCACUAUACCCAGCCCCAGUCUAAAGACGAGCUGGAGCAGGGCGCUACCACAGAGCUGAGCCCUGAGGGCGAGGCCCCCUGGAAACAGAGGGCGAAGAGCCAGGAUGUGACAGUGCACGGGUGGAGGGGGCAGAGGGAAACGCCUACUCCCAAAAGCAGGCGCUCUGAUCCUCAUGAGAAGUGCCUACACUGUAACAGGUACCUGUGGAACCACCAGCACUUCCUAGAACACAUGAAGAUCCAUGAUGCUCCUCUGAAACAGGUGUGUCUCCACCUGAACUGUGGCCAGCGCUUCUACAGAACCCACUUACUCUGGGAGCACAUGGAUACGCACCUGCCUCUCCAGGCCCCCUGUGGGUACUCCGGCUGUGGGCUGAUCUUCUCCCGUCUCCCCUCUCUUCACGACCACGAGUGGAGGCAUUACAUCCAGGGCCAGUCUAAUGACGAGCUGACAGAGGAGCAGAGCGCAUCCAAAGAGGAGGGGCAGACUCCGGAGUCAGACACCAAUGGUAAUGACUAUGACGGCCCAAUGGAGACUCCAGGCAGUGUUCAUGGUGCUGUCACCACACCUCCUAAUCAUUGCACACUGAAACUCAUCAACGGCCAUGAUGAAAAGGAUAAGAAAGACAAAGGCCCCGAGACAGCCGUCCCUGCCACCACUACCACCUCUCCCACACCCCCAUCCCAAACCACCACAUCCACACACCCCCAUCCCAGAAUCCUCCAAAACAUCACUGAGCCAAUGACCAUGAGGGACGUGGACAAUAUCGUCAGUUUGGCUCAGGUGGUGCCUGGCGGAGAGGAACCGGUUAUCGCGGAACACAAGACCUUCAAACAAGAGGAUCCUUCCUACCUACCACUGGCCAAAGCUCCCCUCAUCCGCCCACCCCCCUCUACAUACCUGACCGAGGCAGCCCUCAGCAUGCGCAAGCGCAGGAAGCCCAGCGAGGUCACUUCCUGCGGGCCUGGCAAAAAGAGUAAGGCUGCGGUAAAGAGGAGUGUGGUGGGGAAGAAGGAGGUGGUGGCUGAGAAGGAGGCCCCUCAAAGACAGCGCUGCUCCAAGUGUUUCUCCUCCUUCACUAGCACCGAGGAACUGGAGAAACACCUCUCCCAAAAUACCUGCUCCUCCCUCUUCAGCUUCGACUCCGAUGACGACAGUUAGUGGUGAAGGGGAGUGAAAUGCUCUUCAUGUUCAAGCACUACAGAGACCAUAUGAAGCGCCACAAUGCUCCUAUCAGACAGGUGUCUCCACUUCUGUGUUAUAUCUGUACUCUCUGAACUGGGCCUAAUACAGGCACUACUAGCAGACAGUCGGCUCUGAGAGCUGUAGGGCCAGACUCUUGUGGCCUGAAGUUUGCCGGGCACUAAAAAUCCAACACACACAACCCUCUGGAAUCAGUGUUACUGCUACAUUUCCCUGUACAUGUGGACCGAACAGUACUGCCUUUGUCAUUACACUUCUUUGUUAAAUUCUUAUUUGCUUUAAAAUCAAUAUGAAGAAUCACACAGUAGGUAUGGUGCUUCAAAAGUCAUUCUAAUUGUAUUGUUAGGCAUAAGUUUUAGUUGGCACAUAAAAUACUGAACUAAAAUAUAGAUUUUAACUGAUUUUGUUCUGACAAAUUAAACUGUUUCACAAUGUAUUAGAAAUUGAUAAUCUAUGCAUUUAAUUUAAAUAUUUUGUAAAAGUGAUUCCAAAAUUCAUUUGAGAAUAAAAAUCACUGUUGAAGAGCCCAUAAUGGGAUGAAUAUGGUGAUGUGCACUUACCUGCAUUGGUUGUUUAUAUGUACAAAUGUUAUAAGUUUGUACUCAAUGAAAAUAUACUCAAUUCAACUCUAUUUUUCUUAAAGAAAAGUCACUUGUUUUCAAUAAACAAUUUACAGUAUGAA